AUGCAAUUAUUAAUUGAUGAAGCUAUUACAUUAGCUUUUGUUAUAUGCAGUAUUCCUUUUUGUAUUAUUAACAAGCCUUUUUUUAUAAAUGCUUUAAAGCUUCUAAAUCCUGAUUAUAGUAUUCCAUCACAUGAGGUUCUUUCAGAAUACUUAUUAGAUUUAGAAGUUGCAAAAGUUAUUCACAAAGUUGAUAAAAUUUUAGAAUAUACAAGCAAUCUUACUAUUGAAUAUCUCUAUAAACUUGGAAAUUAUUCUGAUCAAUCUUAUAUGGCAAAAUUUCUGGUCAGCCAAAUUGAAUUAAUUAUAAAUUGUAUUGGUAAAGAUAAAAUUUCAGCAAUAAUUAGUAACAAUGGAGCUAAUGUAGUAUCUGCAUGUGAACAACUUUGCCACACUCAAACUGCAGAUAUAAUUCCUAAAAUAAUAUCAAGCAUUGCUGAAACUGUUUUUAAAGAAUUUGAAAAAGAAACAUUAAUUGAUAAUAAUAAUAUCAAAAUGCUUAAUUCUGCUGAAGACCUUUAUCCAAAUGAACAAGAUUUAGAUUUAAGUAUUUUAACUUCUAUUGAUUUUAAAUCUUUAGUUUUUAC